AUGUCUCCAAAUAAUUAUUACAGACCAGGCGACUACUUUAUUAGCGGAGUUAUACCUGUGCGGACAGCUGUGUACCCGACACAUGCUUUCAGGUCUAACCCUGUCCACGACUUCUUCCCACUGUUGGAAAGGAACUACCAGCAUGUCCUGGCUAUCCUUUUUGCCAUUAAUGAGAUCAAUGAAAACCCUGAGCUCUUACCCAAUAUCACCCUUGGCUACAGCAUCUAUGAAAACUGCUUCAGUGUCAGGAAUACUUAUGAAGCCACCAUAGACCUGUUCUCUACCGGACAUUGGAUGGUCCCUAAUUUCAAGUGUGGGAGGCAAGGAAAACUCCUGGCUGUUAUUCAAGGAGGGAGCUUUGAAACCUUUUUCCAGAUGGCAACCAUGCUAGAUGUUUACAAGGUCCCUCAGCUCCCCCCUUUUCUGAGAAGCGUCCAUUUCAACAGUACUACCAAGGAUGAGGUGCGUUUUGAUGAGGAUAGGGAGCUGGUGGCUGACUACGAUAUUGUGAAUUUGGUCACAUUUCCUAACGAAACUGCUGUAAGAGUGAAAGUGGGGAAGUUGGAGACCCAGGAGUCCUCAGGUCUAGAGAUGACCAUCGAUGAAGAGGCCACUGUGUGGCCCAAAUGGUUCAACCAGCCUCAAAAGGUCACCUGCCUUCUCCGCCAAACCAUCUUCAGCAUCAUCUUCUCGGUCGCCGUCUCUUCCGUGCUGGCAAAAACUAUAACUGUGUUUUUGGCAUUCAUGGCCACAAAACCAGGGAAUAGCAUUAGCAAGGUACUGGAGACAAACUAUCCGCACGUCCUGGCCAUCCUGUUUGCCAUUAAAGAGAUCAAUGAAAAUCCAGAGCUCUUACCCAACAUCACCCUUGGCUACAGCAUCUAUGAAAACUGCUUCAGCGUCAGGAAUACUUAUGAAGCCACCAUAGACCUGUUCUCUACCACACAUUGGAUGGUCCCUAAUUUCAAGUGUGGGAGGCAAGGAAAACUCCUGGCUGUUAUUCAAGGAGGGGGCUUUGAAACCUUUUUCCAGAUGGCAACCAUGCUAGAUGUUUACAAGGUCCCUCAGCUCACUUACGGUUUUGUCGACCAUAUUCUGAGUGAUAACACCCAGUUCUCCUCUUCCUACUGGAUGAGCCCCAAGGAAACUUCACAAUACAUGGGGAUAGUUCGGUUGCUCCUGCAUUUCAGGUGGAUAUGGGUCGGUGUAUUUGCUCCAAAUAAUGAUGGUGGAGAUCACUUUCUUCACCCUUUUCUGAGAAGCAUCCGCUUCAACAGUACGACCAUGGACGAAGUGUAUUUUGAUGAAGAUAGGGAGCUGGUAGCGGACUAUGAUAUUGUGAAUUUGGUCACGUUUCCUAAUGAAACUGCCAUAAGAGUGAAAGUGGGGAAGCUGGAGUCCCAAGCCUCCUCAGGCCCAAAGCUGACUCUUCACGAGGAGACCAUCAUGUGGCCCAACUGGUUUAAUAAGACCAAGCCUUGUUCUACCUGUACAGAAAGUUGCCAACCUGGAUCCCACAAGGUGGUGCCAGAAGCAAAGCCAGUUUGCUGCUACAAAUGUGUCCCAUGCAUAGAAGGAACCAUUUCUGCUCACACAGAUGCAGAUCACUGUCGUGAGUGUCUAGAAGAUCAGUACUCAAACAAUGAGAGGGAUCAGUGCUUCCCCAAGACUAUAGUCUUCCUCUCCUAUGAAGAACCACUGGGGAUUAUCUUGGCUUUCCUUGCCCUACUCUUGUGGCUAGUCGCAGGUUUCAUUUUGGGGAUCUUCAUUAAGUACCAAAGCACUGCACUAGUUAAAGCCAACAACCGAAACCUCACUUACAUCCUCCUUGCUUCUCUCCUGCUUUCCUUUUGUUCUUGCCUUCUGUUCAUUGGCCAGCCUCAAGAAGUCACCUGUCUUCUCCGCCAAACCACCUUCAGCAUCAUCUUCUCGGUUGCCGUCUCUUCCGUGCUGGCAAAAACUAUAACUGUGGUUUUGGCAUUCAUGGCCACAAAACCAGGGAACAGCAUCAGGAAGUGGGUGGGAAGGAGUUUGGCAAAUGGUAUUGUCCUCUUUGGUACUUUCAUUCAGUUUGGCAUUUGCAUUGCCUGGAUUGGAAUGUAUCCCCCAUUCCCAGAACUGGACAUGGAUUCCCAGGUCACACAGACAAUUCUGCUGUGUAAUGAAGGGUCCAUCACUAUGUUUUCCUCUGCCCUUGGCUACAUGGGCCUUCUGGCUGCCAUCUCUUUUACUGUGGCUUUCCUCGCCAGGAAGCUCCCCGGGGGUUUCAACGAAGCCAAGUUUAUCACCUUCAGCAUGCUGGUGUUUUGCUGUGUCUGGGUCUCCUUUGUGCCAACUUACUUGAGCACCAAGGGGAAAUACAUGGUGGCUGUGCAGAUCUUCUCCAUCUUGGCUUCCAGUGGUGGGCUCCUGAGUUGCAUCUUCCUUCCCAAAUGCUACAUCAUUGUCUUGAGGCCUGAUUUGAAUACAAAAGAGCACCUGAUGUUGAAAAGCAAAGAUUAA